GCCUGGACUCGAAAUGACCCACAUGCAGUUAUGCAAGUUAGACAAAUAUCUUUGUAAACAAGGUGUUUUCCCAUCGGAACCAGACCGGAAUCCCGGGUCAUUUUUAUGUCUUCAACAUCAGGCUGAGAAAAUAUGCCUGAAAUAAAAAUAACACCACUCGGUGCUGGACAGGACGUCGGCCGCAGCUGCAUCCUCGUCUCUAUUGGAGGCAAAAACAUAAUGCUUGAUUGUGGGAUGCACAUGGGAUACAAUGAUGACAGACGUUUCCCAGACUUUUCGUAUAUAACCCAGAAUGGGCGUCUGACUGAAUUUCUGGACUGUGUGAUCAUCAGCCAUUUCCACUUGGACCACUGUGGCGCUCUGCCCUUUAUGAGUGAGAUGGUGGGCUACGAUGGGCCCAUCUACAUGACCCAUCCCACCAAGGCCAUCUGUCCCAUUUUGCUGGAGGACUUCCGGAAGAUCACCGUCGACAAGAAAGGAGAAACCAACUUCUUCACCUCACAGAUGAUCAAGGACUGCAUGAAGAAAGUAGUACCUUUGAACCUGCACCAGACCGUCCAGGUGGAUGAUGAGCUGGAGAUCAAGGCGUACUAUGCAGGCCAUGUCCUUGGAGCUGCCAUGGUGCUCAUCAAAGUGGGAUUAGAGUCUUUGGUCUACACUGGAGACUAUAACAUGACACCUGACAGGCAUUUAGGUGCUGCAUGGAUCGACAAGUGCCGUCCAGACAUCCUCAUCUCAGAGUCGACAUAUGCCACCACCAUCCGGGACUCCAAGAGAUGCAGAGAGAGAGACUUUUUGAAAAAAGUGCAUGAAAUCAUAGAAAGAGGAGGAAAGGUUCUCAUUCCAGUUUUUGCCCUCGGAAGAGCACAAGAACUCUGCAUCCUGUUGGAAACAUUUUGGGAAAGAAUGAACCUAAAGGCCCCGAUCUACUUCUCCACUGGGCUGACGGAAAAAGCGAAUCAUUAUUACAAGCUUUUCAUAACAUGGACCAACCAGAAGAUUCGAAAAACCUUUGUACAAAGAAACAUGUUUGAAUUCAAGCACAUCAAGCCUUUUGAUCGCUCCUAUGCGGAUAAUCCUGGACCUAUGGUGGUGUUUGCCACACCAGGUAUGCUGCAUGCUGGCCAGUCUUUGCAAAUCUUCAAGAAAUGGGCUGGCAAUGAGAAAAACAUGGUCAUCAUGCCUGGGUAUUGUGUACAAGGAACAAUCGGUCACAAGAUCCUAAAUGGGCAGAGGAAACUGGAAAUGGAAGGGAGAGCAACAUUGGAGGUGAAGCUACAGGUGGAGUACAUGUCCUUCAGUGCCCAUGCCGAUGCCAAGGGCAUCAUGCAGCUCAUUCGCAUGGCUGAGCCCCGAAACAUGCUGCUGGUACACGGGGAGGCUCUAAAAAUGGAGUUCCUCAAGGGCAAGAUUGAACAGGAGUUCAGCGUAGAUUGCCACAUGCCAGCCAACGGAGAGACGGUGACUGUGACAACAAAUCCCAGCGUACCUGUGGAUAUCUCACUCAACCUGCUCAAGCGCGAGAUGGCUCUCGGAGGGCCGCUUCCUGAUCCCAAAAAGCCUCGCACCAUGCAUGGAACCCUGAUCAUGAAAGAAAACAGUCUGAAGCUGGUGUCGUCGGAGCAGGCCCUGAAGGAGCUGGGCCUCAACGAACAUCAGUUACGCUUCACCUGCCGCGUGCCGCUCCAGGACCCGCAGAGCGACCCCGACACACUUCACAGAAUCUACUUGCACCUCAAGAGCGUGUUAAAAGGUUACACCAUCCAGCACCUCCCCGAUGGAACAGUCAUGGUGGAGUCCAUCGUCAUCAAAGUCUCCUCCUCUGCUGAAGACCCCGACACCAAAGUUCUGCUACUUUCCUGGAGUUAUCAGGACGAGGACCUGGGCAGCUUCCUUUCAACUCUGCUGAAAAAGGGUCUUCCAUCUGGACUCUGCUGAUAUAUCUUUUGUUCCAAAGCUACGAACAUUUGAAGGAAAACAACUGCAUUUGUGGAGGCUCAAAACUCCUUACCAGGAUUAAAUAUUUGCACCUAUAAACUUUGAAUUUGCUCUGUUUUUAACAUUGGGAUAGUCGUCCUUAUUGGCCCAUUCUUUUUGUAAGUGAUGUAGGAGACUCUUCAUUAUAGACUGGUUUAUAAACUGAGCUGCACACGAUUGUGAAAAUAAAAUACUCAAUGUCU